UUCAUUUGUAUUUUCCCUUUGUAUGUCUCAUGUAGUUGGUGAGGUUACAUCCGUGGAACUCUUUAAGGAUGGAGAAGGAAAGUCAAGGGGCUGCGGUGUGGUUGAGUUCAGAGAUGAAGAGUUCGUGAAGAAAGCCAUCGAGGUCAUGAGCAAACACGAUCUGAACGGACGGCCGCUGAACAUUAAGGAGACGGUUCCUGACGCGGGUCUGUUUCAGGAUCCGGACGGAGAGCAUGCGCGGCGCGUCCUGCAGAGAUCGGGCCGGAUGUACGGAGCGGGCCGAGGGCAAGACGCAGCUCCAGCCGGGAUAAACAUCCCUCCCUCCAUCGCCAACAACCCCAACAUCCCUCCAGAGAUCAUCAGCGCGCUGCAGGCCGGACGGCUCGGCAGCACCGUGUUCGUGGCCAACCUGGACGUUAAGGUGGGCUGGAAGAAGCUGAAGGAGGUGUUCAGUAUGGCUGGGACGGUGAGGAGGGCCGAUGUGAAAGAAGACCAAGACGGGAAGAGUCGAGGGAUGGGGACGGUCACCUUCGAGCAGCCGCUGGAGACCGUACAAGCCAUCUCCAUGUUCAACGGUCAGAUGCUGUUUGACAGACAGAUGCAUGUGAAAAUGGAUGAUAAAUCACUUCCUCCAGAUGACUUCAGGCCUGCGGAGAAACCGCCACAGUUACCCCGAGGUCUGGGUGGUGUUGGGAUGGGUUUGGGUCCCGGCGGUCAGCCAAUAAAUGCCAACCGUCUCAGUGGAGGAGGCGUCGGCUCCAUGGGACCUGGAGGGAUGGACGGGCCGGGAUGCAGCAACAUGAACCGCAUGAGUGGGAUGGGCGGAGGCUUCUCCGGCAUGGACUGCAUGGGUGGAAUGGGAGGAUUCGGUGGCAGAGACAUGGGACCCAUGGGCCGAAUGGGAGAUGUGUAUCGCUCUGGAAUGGGAGGAAUGGACAGAGACUUCGGCAGAAGGGACAUGGGGAUGAACCGCCCGUUCGGAGACUCGUUUGGAGGUGGAGGAUAUGCAGGAAUGGGGAAUGCUGGGAUGGGACCCAUGGGCUCUGGAUUAGGUCACUCAUCUCAUGCUCUCACACACAAAAUUACAUGUGGAGGAGGGAUGGUGAAUAUGGGAAUGGACCGAAUGAACUCCGGCUUCGACCGGAUGGGUGGGAACAUGCCACAGCUCUCGUACGAUCUGACCUGGCAGAAGCUCAAGGAGAAGUUCAGUUACUGCGGUCAGGUGAUGUACGCUGAAAUAAAGAUGGAGAACGGCAAAUCUAAAGGCUGCGGCACGGUGCGCUUCGACUCUCCUGAGAGCGCAGAGAAAGCCUGCCUGAUGAUGAACGGAACCAAGAUCAACGGACGAGAGGUUGAUGUUCGUAUCGACCGCAACGCUUGAGACACACACACACAUCACAGAGCCCAGCUUUUGUUUUGUUUUAAAAACAUCAUGACUGUCAUAUCAGCAAUCUCACCAGCUGCUUCAGCUCCAUGUGUUAGUGACCACGCUUUCUUUUCUGUUUUUUGUUUGUAAACAUUUUAAU